GUGCUGUUUAUUUUGCAAUGGAAAAGUAUAACGAAGCUUUGGCUGAUUUUAAUAAGGUAUUAAUUCGUGAUCCAAAAAAUUCUUACGCAUUACAAGAACGAAGUGCUGUUUAUCAAGCUUUAGGAAGGAAUGAUAAAAAAAUGGUAGAAGAAUCAGGAAAUGAAUUAACAGUUGAUCAAUAA